UCAACAACAGCGCCUCCUACAAAUUCACAAAAAUGAAGCUAACUGACAAUGUUGUUCGAAAUUUUAGAGUUGCUAAAGUAUUUAGGGAAAAUACAGAACGAAUAAAUAAUUUAGAUUUUUCGGCAAACGGAGAAACCCUUAUUUCAAGCAGCGAUGAUGACUCUAUCGUCAUAUACGAUUGUCAGAAUGGAACGCCUAAGAAAACUUUAAACAGUAAGAAGUAUGGUGUGGAUUUGAUUUGUUAUACACAUGCAGUCAAUACAGCAUUACACAGUUCAACCAAAGUUGAUGAUACCAUUCGAUAUCUGUCUCUUCAUGACAAUAAAUACAUAAGAUACUUUCCAGGCCACACCAAAAAGGUUGUAGCAUUGAGCAUGUCACCAAUAAAUGAUUCUUUCCUCUCUGGAUCUCUAGAUAAAACACUAAGAUUAUGGGAUUUACGUUCACAGAACUGUCAGGGAUUAAUGCAUUUGUCUGGUCGACCUGUUGCAGCUUUUGAUCCAGAAGGACUUAUUUUUGCUGCUGGUAUCAACUCAGAAUGUGUUAAAUUAUAUGAUCUCAGGUCAUUUGAUAGGGGACCAUUUGCCACAUUUAAACUAGCUCAAGAUAAAGACUGUGACUGGACUGGAAUGAAGUUUAGUCCAGAUGGUAAAAUGAUACUGAUAUCUACCAAUGGACAGGUUGUCAGGUUGAUUGAUGCCUUCCAGGGAACACCAUUACAGACAUUCAUGGGCUUUCAGAACACUAAAGGUAUUAGUUUGGAAGCAUCUUUUAGUCCAGAUUCACAGUUUGCAUUUGUUGGUUCAACAGAUGGUAAAAUUAACUGUUGGAAUACAGACACAGGUGUGAGAGUAGCUGUGUUUAACUGUGAUCAUCCAGGACCAGUUCAAUGUGUUCAGUUUAAUCCUAAACUAAUGAUGUUAGCUACUGCUUGUACAAAUAUGGCAUUUUGGUUACCUUACAUUGAUGAUUGAGUGAUAAAGAAAUGUUUUAAUAUUGGAGGCAGCAAAGACUUGAAGAAUAGUGAUGAAUGUUUUAUAAAUGUUGUAUAUGGACGGGACAUAUUAUGAAAGAUUCAUAUACAAUUGUUGUUUAUUUUACUGCUAAUGUGCAAUCUCAUAAACAUUAAUUGAAAUAAUUUGAGUGCAAGAGACACAAGAUCAUAAUAUUUGUAUUUUGUUUUUUUUUUUAAAGGUUUAGGUGUAUUAAAAUAUUUUAAUUACAUAUUCAAGAUACUUUGUGAUAUUAAAAUUUGAUUUAAAAUGAAAGGCUUAAUAGUAUUUUAACUGAAUAUAAAUGAACCAUAUUAAUAUUGCCAUGACUUGAUCUUUCAUAAUUCUCUCAAUUUCUAUUUCGCUUUGAAAUUUUAUUUAAAAUGUUUUUGAUUUAGUGUUUUUAAAUAACUCCGAUCAUGUUCUAUUUGAAAUUUAGAAAAAUUUAAACAUUAAUUGAACACAUCAGACAAACCAUAGUUACGUUUAUACAAACAAAUAAUUUAUUUUGUAUAUUUUAAUUAUGUCAAAAGAAUCUACAGCAAAUGAAUAUAGGCAAUUUAAAAAAAAGGAGGAAGAUUCUCAUAACAGGUAUUGUCUCCUGACAAUGUAUUUGCUACAUAAGUGACAUAAAUAUGGCAUACACAUGUCUGUAUAGUAUUUUAACCAAUUCAUUCUUAUCUUUUUUUGUGUUUUUUUUUUAUUCUUUGUGCCACACUUAUCUUUGCUUUAGUUGUGGGCAUGGAACCAAUUUUAUAUGCCCACCUGUCAUUGUUAUGUUGUAAAAACAUCUCCUCCAUGCUUGUUUGUUCGUUCAUUUUUGUGAAGGUGUUAAUUAUAACAAAUCUAAAAUUUGUAAUUCACAAAGACUACAUUUCAAAUCAAUAUAUAACAAUGCUAAGGGAACAUUCAAAUCAAUAUAUAACAAUGCUAAGGGAACAUUCAAAUCAAUAUAUAACAAUGCUAAGGGAACAUUCAAAUCAAUAUAUAACAAUGCUAAGGGAACAUUCAAAUCAAUAUAUAACAAUGCUAAGGGAACAAUGUCAUUAGCACUUUCAUGCCUCUUGGCUAUUUUCAAUACUAAAUGCCCUUGACACAGCCAUCUUUGGUUAUGCUUAUAAUGUUACAGUAACAAUAAGAGAAAUAAAUCCUCUGUUUUUUUUUUAAAGACCAUUUAAACUUAAGGUCUUGUUGUUACUGUAAUGUCAAUAAUUUGUUGUAAAUGUGAAUCCAGGUAAACCUCCAUUUCUUCAGGAUUUUUGUGUAUUACCAAGUGUACAUGAUCAUUUAAUGUCCCAUUUAGAAGACUGUUUUGCUAGAUAUCAUUUUCAAUUGCAGGUAGCCAUGGGCCAUUUUUAGUAUAAAAUUCAUAAUGCAUAUGAUGUACCAGGAAAUAAUUCACUGCCAACACUGAUGUGUAUUGUAUUGCAUGUGUAUAAGUGUGAUGAAGGAUAUGAUCCAAAGUUUUACAAUUUUGUGUGACCAGUUUGUCAUAUUACAUCCUACUUAACAGUACCAUUAUAAGUAAUCAAUUUUGUAUCUUAAGUAAACAAAAGAGAAACUUAAAA